AUGGAAUCUAGAGAAGAAGUUGAUUACAUUAUAAAACUUAUCCUCUUAGGAGACUGAGGGGCAGGCAAGACGAGUAUUUUAGAGAGGUAUAACAACCCUAGUCUGGAUUAUGACCUGAAUGACCGAGUGACUACCAGUUUUGACCUUUCCAGAAAAGUUUUCGAACAGGAUAAUAUGUUGUUCCAACUGCAUGUUUGGGAUACUAUUGGGCAAGAAAAGUACAAAUCGCUUAUAAAAACGUAUUAUAAAUAAAGCCAUAGCCGCCAUUGUUGUAUACGAUAUUACUAGUAAAAGCUCCUUCAAGAACUGAAAGCAUUGGCUUGACCAGCUUAAAUAAAUAUGGCGAAUAUGACUUCGACCGAGAGGUUCAAUAUGAGGAAGGCGAAGCCUUUGCUCAUCAAAAAGACCUUCAAUUCUAUGAAACCAGUGCACUUGAGGGUGAAAAUAUCAAGGAGAUGUUUGAUUCUCUUCUGAAUAAAGUCGUUGAUAAGCUUAAAUGUCUCCAAACUUCCACUUCUAAAAAUCCCAGUUUCUCCUUGGUUGAUACUUCGCGAGAUGCUUAUAGGAAAUCCCUCAGAUCGCAUUAUUCCUCGACAAUAAUGCCAAAUAAAAAGAAGCGAUGCAAAUGCUAA